GUUAGCUCGUGUUAGCUUGACAGUUUCACAUGAAGGCAAAGCCAGGCUCUGCUGUGACAUCCGGCGGUGACGUGAGCUUCGGCUGGCACUUUUCCUCUAACACAACACAUCUGAACUUUCAUGUUACUUGACGUUCAGUGGAGACAUUUGCUUCUUUUCGGAGGCUCGUAACAAACCUAACGGUACCUCGGUUUUAAGCUAGCUGCCUUAGCUGUCUGCUCGGAACAACGAGCGGGUCGAUAAACGGGUUUAGCAGAACUUUAGCAGCAGGUAAGCGGACAUGUCCAGCGAGGUGAGCCUGCCAGCUGAGUGGGACGACGACGAGCGGAUGAAUUUCAUGUUCUCCGACUUCAAGGAGAACCGAGAUGUCAACACGACGGACUGGGACAGUAAGAUGGACUUCUGGACGGCUCUGGUCCUGAAGAGCUGCAGGGACCGAGGCACCGUGUGCGUCAACCUGCAGGAGCUCAACAAGACCUUUAGGAGGAAGGAGCGAUCCCCGAUGGGUUUGGCCACUGUGCUGCAGUCCAUGGCCAGAUGUGGGAAGAUCCAGAGGGAGUCAGAGUUUGCUGCCAAUGUGGACUGUGGCUGGUUGUCCUGGGGAGUGGGCCUGCUGCUGGUGAAGCCUCUCAAGUGGACCUUCUCCACUCUGCUGGGCAGCAGCCGGGUGCCUUUAGAGGAGUCUUUUGUUGUCAUUGAACUAGUCAAGGAGAAAGCAGCAGAAUUACUCAGGGUCUACCGCAGCAGUGAAUUUUCAAGCUGCUCCAUCGUGUCAUUUCAAGAGCUCUGUUCCUUCUCCUCUGAUGUCUGUGCUGAUGAGAGCACCCUAUGCAUGGCUCUCCUGCAGCUGCAGAGGGACAAGCAAGUGACAGUUUCAUUGCACGAAGGCGAGAAGAUUGUGAAGUUUUGUCAGCCUGGACAGGAGCGUGUGUCUCCAGUUAGUGAUGUGGAUGUUGGCAUCUACCAGCUGCAGCGCAGUGAGAAACUGCUUGGAGAGAGGGUGCAGAAACUGAGCCUGGAGGCCGACAAGUGCAAAGAGGAAGCGAGGGUUCUGCUGCGGGAGGGGAAGAAAUCACAGGCUCUGAGGUGUUUGAGAGGCCGCAAGAGGGUCGAAAGGAGAGCAGACAGCUUGUUUGCCAAACUGGAAUCCAUCAGGGGAAUCCUGGACCGAAUAGCCCAAUCACAGACUGAUAAGAUGGUUAUGCAAGCAUAUCAGGCUGGAGUGGCUGCCCUGAGACUCUCUCUUAAAGAUGUGACUGUGGAACGUGCCGAGAGCCUCGUGGAUCAAAUCCAAGAGUUGUGUGACACCCAAGAUGAGGUGAACCAGGCUCUGUCCACUGGUGUGACUGCUGCAGAUGAAGACAUGGACGAGCUGGAGGAAGAACUGAAAUCUCUGCUGGAUGAAUCAAAGCCAGAUUCCAUCUCAGGUUUGCCUGAAGUCCCGACUAACGGUCUGCAGCCCUCUGGUGAGCCGAUCCUCAGUUCCCGGCCAGCUGUCCCUCGCAGCCAUCUGAACAUUACCGCUGAGCAGCUGGAGGAGGAGUUGAAUCAAUUAACUCUGACAGAUUCAGGUUUUCAACAGAAGAAAGUAACAUCGCCAGCCAAGAGGUUAGAACCUGCACAGUGAUGGCACUGGCAAGACAUGGCAACAUAUCAAGACAAACUGUAUCUCUUAAAAAUGAAUGUGAGUUUAAAAAAAAAAACGAGAACAAGACAGAUCACUAAAUAAUUACUGAGGAGUUGUGAAAUCAAUACCAGGUUGAAAACAAGGCACUUUCCUUCAUUUCAUAAUAACAAUAAUAGUAAUAAAGAAUUCCUUUAUUGUGGAGGCAUGCCAAAAAGGAUUUUGAAAAUCUUUUCUCCCUCCUAAACUAACCCACUUCUUACCUUGAAAGCUUUCAAAUCUGCUCAUCAUCAGGAUCUGAAGGCUUUCAGGUCAGAAGUAAAGAUUUUAAUCCUGUGAAUCACGCUCUUUGGUAUGUCACCACCAGGGAUGCUUUUAAUUUUGUGCUAUUUUUGACAAGAGUAAGAGAACUAGUGUAUUUGUGGUUUAUUGUGUGUUUGUAGACGUCCAUCAUUGGCAGUCCUGUAACGUGUAUUAAGUGGCCUUCUGAACUGUAAAUAUGAACUUAAAAUAAGGAGAAUGCUAUGCCAAAUGAUUUAUUACAACCAUACGUAUAUUUAGUCUCACUGCAACAUACCUGUGAGGACUGACAAGCCUACCUUAAGUGAGUUUAACCAAAUAUGUUUCUGAAAAUAAAAUUUAUUUUAAUCACU